AUGAAUAGAAGACCAUCAGGAUUUUCAAAACCUCCAAUAAUUGGAUCACGAUCUGUUCUAAUCGCUGUUGAUGGUUCUGAACAUUCAAAAAAAGCAUUUCAAUAUUAUUUAAAAUGGUUACAAAGACCAGAUGAUACAAUAACAAUCUAUCAUGCUGUAGAACCAGUCUCAUUACCAACUAUAUCAUUAUCGAAUCCAAUUAGUAUACCAAGUGAUGAAUGGUCAAAUCUUGUUGAAGUCAAUGUAAAACGUGUACGUGAAUUAGAACAAGAUUAUAGUACAGAUUGUUUAGCACAUAAUUUAACAUAUCAAUUUUUAUAUGAAUCAGUCAAUCAUAUUGGUGAAUCAAUUAUUAAAAAAGCGGAACAAAUGAAUACAUGUUUAAUUAUUAUUGGUAGUCGUGGAUUAGGUGCAAUAAAACGUACUAUUAUGGGUAGUGUUAGUGAUUAUGUUGUACAUCAUGCUAAUACAACAAUUUGUGUUGUACCAUGGAUUGAUGAUACUUCACAAAAUACAUCAUAAUUCAUUAAAUUGUUUCACCAUAAUCAAAUAUUUAGUAAAUAUAGAUAAAUAUAUUUGUAUACAUAUAUUACGUAAUCAACAUGUAUAUGAUAUAAGGGUUUGUUAUAUUCUCUCUGUGUGUAUGUGUGUGUGUAACUCAUCGAUUUCUUUUUGUCAUGGAAACUAUUUUAAAUUGAAUUUUUGUUUUGUAGAAACUACAAUUUAGUUGUGUUUUUUCAUUUUGUUUCUAUGUCAUAUAGUAACGUAUAUAUAUACAUACAAAUUUCUUUAUAUUUGCGCCAUAACAUUCUGAUUACAUUUUGGAAUAGUGAUUCUAUUCUUAUUAAGUCAUACUUUUCUUUUCCAUAAAAGAAUUAUACAUAAAUAAAGAGUGAGAGUGAGCAAAAGGGACAGAGGGAAAGAUUGAAAUAUUCGAUGGAAAACAUUUUCAUUAUUUACUACUUUUUCUACUGAUUUCACUGUUAUCAUUUGAAUUUUCACUUAACACAAGUAAAUAUAAUUAGUAGAACAUCAUUAAUUAGACUUUUCUGUUUUACAAUGUUAGGUGGGCCCAUUUCUAUUAAAAAAAUCGAUAUUUAGUAGUUAGACAUGUUGUUACUAGAUCAGUCAGUCAGUAACAACGUAGAACUUCGUACGUACGCACGUACGUACAUCAGUUCAAGUUACCAUACCACAUUAGCACAAAGAUUCAGUUGUCAAUUAAAAUCCCGUGGUGGUAGAGGUAGUAGAAGUAUAAGCAGUAAUCAGGAAAAUUAGUGUUUGGAGAUGUUAUUCAAAGAGUAUAAUCCAGUGAAAUAAAUUUGGAAAGAGAGAAAAGAAAGGGACAUGAAGAAUUCAGAAGAUUAGAAUUCGAGAGAACACAAAGAGUGUAUGCACCUGCACCAUUGCAAACGAUUUUAAGCCAUGUCAUUUUACCAGAUGAUUUAGCUUAAUGUUGAAUUUACUUAUUAUUAUCUGAAAUUGAUGAUUUAAUAUUCAUUAAUGAAGAAUAAUCAAUUCUGUAUUAGAUAAUCUUUACUGUGAAUCAAUUAGUUCAUUAUACCACCACCAACAACAACAAUAGUGUACUACAAUGUCAAAUCAGAAGGAAUCGAUUGUGUUCCAAAUAGUUCACUUGUCAUAUUUUUAAUAAUAAAAUGUAUUUGAAUUUUA